AUGGGUCAUCGGAAUCUUGUUUUUGCCGACGACACAUUGAUUAAAACCCAAUGCCAUAAUGCGGAAGUUCCCGAAGCCUGCAUACAAUGCGUAAAAUCCGAUCCUCGAAGCCAAUCAGCUGAUAAAGUAGGCAUUGCCGCCAUCGUCAUAACUUGUAUAAGCAAUAAAGCUGUGACAUUGGAAAGCAACAUAACGGUUCUAGCUUCGAUCGUUCACGAUAAAGACUUGAAAUUGGUUCUCCAAGAUUGCCAAAAAGAGCUUUCCGACGCCAAAACCAAUUUGACUACUGCGAUGGAUCGGUUGAAGAACAAAGAUUAUGAUCUAACCAAUUAUUUAGUGAAUCAUGCGCUUUAG